CUCAGGUCAGAGAAGAACAGCAUGCAGAGAGUGGAGGUAGUCACCCGGUUUUCUCUCAGCACCAGCACCGUUAUCCUCCGAGUACCUUUAACUACAUUCGAUUUGCAUUUUUCAGUUUCUUCCAAAUAAAAACUUCGACAUUCAGGUUAACAGGCCAAUCCACCAUCCCCUGGUCUCCUCAUUAUCCACGAUGAAUGUGUCCCAGACGAUAGAGACGGAGGAGGAUCUCCUCCCUUGUCUCCAUGUCAAACUCUACCACCCUCAGCAGAGCUCCAAUAGUCUUUACGGGCUCAUCCCUCUGGGGGAAAGAAGCAAACACCCAGCGGAGGACCCUCUCAGGCUGGGGCGCGAUGGCCAGGCCUGCACUGUCGCCCUGCUCGACACCCGGGUGUCCCGCAAACAGCUGGCCAUCCAAGCCUACUACACCCCCAGAAGCCGGGACAUGCUGUUCAGGAUCCAGAACCUGAGCCAGAGGGCCCAGCUGUCUGUGAACAGCUCAGCGUUGGACUACCUAGAAGUAGUGGAUCUCCCGGACAAAGCCCUGAUCCGGUUCGGACAGUACGAGAUGCUGAUCAUCCGAGAGUCCGGCGAGGCCAAGGCCAGCUUCGAGGUGGAGUUUGAAGUCCUGACAGUGGCUCCGUCCAGAGAGACUUGCACCUGUGAGCCUAGCGUGACCCCUGUCUCGGACACAGUCAUUAAUGGUUAACAGUUUGCUCGGAGAACUCAGAAUAAUUGGCCCCAGUGAAACGGAUGAGACUGCAAUAUGUUAUUCAUGAUGUAGAGACUCUUUACUUUCUAACUUAAACUGCUGUGUCAUUGUCACCUCAUAAUGUGAAACUACAGUAUUAUUCUGCUCCCUAAAGCUGUGAUCUUAAUAUAAUAAUUACUUUAAAAAUGCCUUCGUGCUUUAAAAAAAAAUUAAAGUCUGUUUUUGUUAAAUGGUGAAUGCUGUGGCCAAAGAUGCGACUACCCUCAGACACCACUAUUGCUGGAACACAAAGCGGGGUUAACAGAUUACAAAACAGGUUUGUCCAGUUUUGCAUUUGAUGAAGUCGGUUUCACAUGUCCGUUAGCAGAAGUUCUCGGGACAUUUAGAAUUUCCACUUCACUUUGUUCCAGUAGAUGUUUAAGGAUGUAGUUUUCUUAACUUACAGCAAGUCAAACUAUACAAUUCUAUCAAAUUAUGAGCAAAACAUCUACAUUUCAAUAAGAAUAUUACAAUUAGAUUAUCAAAAAUAUAUACUUUUUAUGCAUUUUCAUAUAAUGUAGGAUUUUUAUUCCUGAAACAUUAAAGUAAAAGCAUUAGUUACAUUUUAUAUUAUGCUGUAUGUUGCUAUAGCUUUCAAAUAAAUAUAGUGAAUACAAAUGUACACUAUUUCCAUGUCACAUUAAGGUAUUUUGACAGAUGUAUUGGUGAGAGUAGAUUAUUCUAAAACUGCAUUAUGGAAUUCAGAUAAUAUUGAAUUGCUUUAGCUGGCUAACACCUGCUUGAGUCAUCGAUCCUCUUAGGGUGGGGUUCAAUUCUGAUUGGAGAUCCUCAUCGUAUUUUAUUGCAUUUACAAGCAAUGUGAGAUCUUUAUCUACUCAAGGAAGCAGAAGAGCCGUGUUUCUCAGGAAUGACAGGUACGCAAAGUCAUAAAAGGGGAUAUCUGUCAUACAAGCAGCAUUGGCACUAUAACAAAUAAUGCCACUGUUAACACCAUUCUUGGUUUGUGGAAACUGUAAUAAACCAAGAAGGGAGUGUGCAGAACGGAAGCCUCAAUCGACCUCAGCAGGAAACGAAAAGGAGAAUAGAAAAAAAGAUACUUCUCAUUUUUCAGAUGUGGGAGGAUUCACUUGAUCAGGAUGUACUCUCUCUGCCUUUGACAGUGUCAGUAUUUUGUUAGUCAUUUUUCUCGCUUAUGAAGAAACAGUAUGAACCAUUGCUGAACAAGCACAUCUGAUGAAUUGAUCAGCAAACGGGACAUUUCCAAAUCUUAUGGUUAAGUGUGAUAACAAACUAACCCUAUUUUCACCACACUGUAUUCAAAUUGAAAUGUCUUUUUUGUAGGGUAUGACAUCACAGUUCAAUUGAGGAAAAUCUGUGAAUCAUCUCAUCUGUUCAUAUAUCCCACUUGAGGGGGAAAUGUAACUGUCAAUCUACAUUGUUUUAAAAAGGCAAGGCAAGGGUUGAUCAAAUAAGACUACAAUUUCCGAUUUUGAAGAAAAGUGUUUAUUUACACCUAAUCUUCUCAAACUGGAAAAAACAAUGUUAAUAAAUAAUCAGAAAAUAAAGUUCUACAUGAAUAUAGAGAAAAGAGUAAUACAAACAUUGUGUUUAAGGCCAUGCGAUGGUUUAAAGUAAACAUUUCAGAGCAUUUGGACAGUCACAAUUUAAAACCUAAUUUCAUCAGGUAGGUAAAAAUGGCUGCUUAGAGUAGCACUGCUUUGGACAGAUUAGCUCUUCGUCAACUUUGAGAGAUCUUGCCUUAAUAAGAAAAAAGGAUUCAUUUCUUUCCAUCCAACUUGUGUUUUGGUGUCAUCAACAAUGCAGGUUUACCCAAGGACUGGAAAUCCCCCUCCAGCUCACCAACAUAUGGACCAAACUUUCCCUGGAGUUUUACAAUCUCCUUCCUGGAAAAAACAGACACUUCACUCAAGAUCUCAAAAUGCACACGUCUUGUUUUUAAAUUCUUCAUCCACUCGUACUGCUUCACCUUCAGGGCUCUCUGAUCUCAUCUUUUCCCAGCUGAUGUGUAUUCACUGAGGCACAGAGCAGGAACCUGCAGACAGAGACAGGGGCUGUUUCUCAAUGUUGAGUAGAGCCGCUGC